UGCGGGAAGGAGUCGGUGCCAGGUGUGUUUACCGGAUGACGGGGUCUUCUCAUGAUGCCCACUGCAUUCCGCCGCAAAGGAAUAGUGAUUGCACCUUCCAUCUCUGGUGGCAUGUGACUGGCAGGAGGUGAACGUGGACUUCAAUAUGACAACAUCAUCAGUUUCCAAGGGCUGCUUUGUGUUCAAGCCUAGUGCAAAGAAGAAAAAGCUUCCUCUUACAGCAGCUGACUAUUUUGUUGAAAGUCUUAAGAAUUCUGAAGAUGGCAGAAUACGUUUUGAGAGCUGCCAGUUCCUGUGGCAGCAGAUGAAAUCUCAGACAGAGCAAUUGCAGGAGGAGCUGAACAAGAAGCUUUUUGACAAUCUCAUAAGCUUUUUGAAGAAAUCUCACUCAGAUUUUCAGGACAGAAAAAAUGACUGGAAUUGCCGGGUGAGGUCCAGUGAAAUCCCUACUGCUGCCCUCUUACUUGGUGUCAAUGUCACUGACCAUGAUCUAACCUUCAACAUGCUCUCGGAUGUUCUUAAUGAACAUGUAACUCCAUAUGUAGUUUUGUUACAAGCAAAGGAAUGUCCAGGAAUAAAACAGCUUCUUCAGAAGCUCCUUUCCCAGCUUAUGGGAUGUGGAUCAGAGCUCGAUCUUGAUGAAGAGGAUGACCAUACUCCUAUUUCUCAGAGAAAGAUGAACUUCUCCAUGGCCUCUCUUUCUGGAUGGUAUCAGGAAAUGACAAAGAAAGCACAUUCUCCAAAGAAAAAGAGACCAGCUUCCUUGGAACAUUACCAGGCACCUCCGAUAGUUGUGGUCUUCAAAGAUCUCGAAAGUUUCACAUCUUCAGUUUUGCAGGAAUUUAUUGUUAUUAGCAGUCGUUACUGCAGGGAGCUGCCUCUGGUUUUGGUAUUUGGCAUCGCCACUUCCCCGAUGAUAAUCCACAGACUUAUGUCUCACUCUGUGUCUUCUCUGCUGUGUAUAGAGCUGUUCCAGUCCUUAUCAUGUACGGAACACUUGGCAACUGUAGUAGAUAAGCUGCUUCUCUCCAAUCAGUUUCCAUUCAAGCUAAGCGGGCGAGUUCUGCAGGUCCUCAUCACAAUAUUUUUGUACCAUGAUUUCUCUGUGCACAACUUCAUCAAGGGUCUUCAGCUUUCUGUGGUGGAGCAUUUUAACGCUCAGCCUUUGAGUGUCCUAUGUUGUGAUCUCCCAGACAUGAAACAUAGAGUGAAGAGCUUAUCACAUAAUCAGUGUGAAAACGUUCGUCAUUUGCCAUCUUUUAUGAGUUUUGUUGAAAGUCAGACACCAGAAGUACAAGUGAAGCUCCUGACUGAUGACAACUAUUUAAAGGAGAUGACCCAAAAGUUUUUACAAUCUUUGCAAAUGUAUCAUGAAAAUUAUACCCCAGUUUUGAGGUGCCUUCAUCAUUUUACGUGCAUUCUUCCUAAAUAUCCCCUAGGAAAGCAGAUUCGAGAACUUUAUUGUGCUUGUUUAGAAAAGAAUAUAUGGUAUACAGAAGAAUAUAAGUCAGCAUUAAACCUCCUACGGAUGCUGGCCAAGGAUGAACUGGUGGCCACGCUUCAGAAGUGUUUGGAGGUUUUGAAUCCAUAUUCUGGAAGACAGCUUGACAGUGCAUUGAAAAAAUUGAAGGAACUUUUAGCUCAAUUCCAGUGUCUUGAAGGAGAUAAUUUGGAAAAUGUAGACAAUGAGGAGAGUUCCACACAAAAAGGGCUGCAGAAAAAGACUGACCUGUACCAGCUUCAGAAAACACUACUAGAAAUGAAGGAAACUAGAAGAACAAAGAAACACAGUAGAUUUGAAUCCCUUCGCCUUGAGGUGGUGGAUUUCCUUGAUGGCCUUGUUAGAGAUUACUUAACCCCUCCGGAAGAGCAGCCGCUGUAUGAAGUUGUGUAUUUUAGUUCUGCUACCAUCCUCCGCAAACACCUGAAUGCCGUGCCUCGUAUUGCCCUGCACACAGCUCUGAACAACCCUUCAACCUAUUUAAAGUCCUUGGAAAAUGAUGGAACCUUGUCCAGUGCAGCUCCUGAUAUAUGCAUUGCAUACAAGCUGCAUCUGGAAUGUGGAAGACUCAUUAACCUCUAUGACUGGUUAGAGGCAUUUGCAACAGUUGUUAACGCUGAUGAGGACAGAGAUUCGGAUUCCCUGAAGCAAGUGGAUGAUAUGACUCACGCUCGUUUCAUCAGAGCGGUUUCUGAGCUGGAGCUCCUUGGAUUUGUAAAGCCUACAAAGCAGAAGACUGACCAUGUGGCAAGGCUGACCUGGGGUGGAUGUUAACUUGAAUAUCUUUGAAAACUGUCAAUAAACUUAAACUG